CAGGGUUUGGUGACUAUUAAUUAAACCGCCAUAUACUUAACAGCCUACACUAACAAUCGUCUCCAAUAGCCAGUGAUACCUUCGAUUGGGAAGAAUGACGACCAGAAUAGCUCCAGGAGUAGGGGCCAACCUUCUUGGACAACACUCUGCUGAGAGAAACCAAGAUGCUACCGCUUAUGUGGGUAACCUUGAGGCCCAGGUCACAGAAGAGUUGCUGUGGGAAUUAUUUGUACAAGCAGGCCCUGUUGUCAAUGUCUAUGUGCCAAAAGAUAGAGUAACCAACCUUCAUCAAGGUUAUGGAUUUGUAGAAUUUCGAAGUGAAGAAGAUGCUGACUAUGCAAUUAAAGUUCUUAAUAUGAUUAAGCUUUAUGGGAAACCAAUACGUGUAAAUAAGGCUUCUCAAGAUAAGAAAAGCUUGGAUGUUGGAGCAAAUCUAUUUGUUGGGAAUCUGGACCCUGAUGUGGAUGAAAAACUUCUUUAUGAUACUUUCAGUGCGUUUGGAGUUAUUGUUACAAAUCCCAAGAUUAUGAGAGAUCCAGAGACGGGAAAUUCACGUGGCUUUGGAUUUAUUAGUUAUGAUUCUUUUGACGCUUCUGAUGCUGCUAUUGAGGCAAUGAAUGGUCAAUAUCUUUGCAAUCGUCAAAUUACUGUAUCCUAUGCAUACAAAAAAGAUACCAAAGGGGAGAGACAUGGAACUCCUGCAGAGAGAGUUCUAGCUGCAAGCAACCCAGGUACACAGAAAAGCAGACCGCAUACUCUAUUUGCAAGUGGUCCUCCAACUCUUCCUCAAGUGAAUGGUGCUGUACCUGCCCCCCCUGCUCCACGGCCCCUCGCAAAUGGUGCAGUCCCACCACCUUCUAUGCCUCAAUUCCGCCCACCACCCCCACUUGUUGGAAGUUUUCCUCCUCAACCAAUGCAGAUGGGUGGUCCUUGGCAGGGCCAGCCUCCACAACAAGGUCAAGGACUCCCACCAAUGAUGCCUCCGCCGCCACCACCGCAGUUUAGACCGGGUCCACCACCAAAUAUGAUGCCUCCUCCACCCCCUCAGGCAGCUCAGGGGCUUGGAAGGCCACCACCCCCAAUGUCAAUUGGGGGUCAACCUGUUUGGAGGCCACCUCCUCCACCUCAACAAUUGGGUGGCAGGCCGCCUAUGCAGCAACAAUAUGGAAUGCCACCUCCGCCACCUCCUUCAAGCUAAGAUGUUCAUUGUUGAAAUUUUGAUGUCAACAAAUGUCGUUUUGGUGUACAAGUGCAAGUACAAACAUUAUCAUAUGUUGAGAUACAUUAUAGAGUAAGAAACUAACCAACUGUAGUGAUGUUUAUUUUUUCAUUAGGGAGUACUUAUGCAACGCAAGGAAAUGUGUUGUGUUACUUUGAAAUGAAGUAAUGCUGUGUCAUCUCUUUGGGUUAAUGAGUGAGAUAGCAGUAGUGUGAGCGAGAAUGAUAGUUGCUUUAAGAACGAAAAGGGUUGUAUCAGGUUUGUCAGUAAUUUCUGUUACUACCCUCACAUGAUGCGAAUUGUGAUUCCCUAAUUUUCUCCCGUAACUUGUUUUUCGACAUUGUGUCUCAA